CCAGCCGCCGGCACGGCCCCGCCCCCGCUGCCCCGGUGGUGGCCCGCGGCCCCCCGGCUGCCGGUGGUCAAACUGGAGUCGCUGAAGCGCUGGAACGAGGAGAGGGGCCUGUGGUGCGAGAAGGGCGUGCAGGUGCUGCUGACCACGGUGGGCGCCUUCGCCGCCUUCGGCCUCAUGACGAUCGCCAUCAGCACCGACUACUGGCUCUACACGCGCGCCUUCAUCUGCAACACCACCAACCUCACGGCCGGCGACGACGGGCCCCCCCACCGCGGGGGCGGCGGCUCCUCCGAGAAGAAGGACCCCGGCGGCCUCACGCACUCGGGCCUCUGGAGGAUCUGCUGCCUGGAAGGAUUGAAAAGAGGUGUCUGCGUGAAGAUCAAUCACUUCCCGGAGGACACGGACUACGACCAUGACAGCGCGGAGUAUCUACUCCGAGUUGUCCGCGCCUCCAGCAUCUUCCCCAUCCUGAGCGCCAUCCUGCUGCUGCUCGGGGGCGUGUGCGUGGCGGCCUCGCGCGUCUACAAGUCCAAGAGGAACAUCAUCCUGGGCGCAGGGAUCCUGUUCGUGGCAGCAGGCCUGAGCAACAUCAUCGGCGUGAUCGUGUACAUCUCGGCCAACGCGGGCGAGCCGGGCCCGAAGCGGGACGAGGAGAAGAAAAGCCACUACUCGUACGGCUGGUCCUUCUACUUCGGCGGGCUGUCGUUCAUCCUGGCCGAGGUGAUCGGCGUGCUGGCCGUCAACAUCUACAUCGAGCGCAGCCGCGAGGCGCACUGCCAGUCCCGCUCGGACCUGCUCAAGGCCGGCGGGGGCGCGGGCGGCAGUGGCGGGAGCGGCCCCUCGGCCAUCCUCCGUCUGCCCAGUUACCGGUUCCGCUACCGCCGCCGCUCCCGCUCUAGCUCCCGCUCCAGCGAGCCGUCGCCGUCGCGGGACGCGUCUCCCGGCGGCCCGGGCGGCCCGGGCUUCGCCUCCACGGACAUCUCCAUGUACACGCUCAGCCGCGACCCGUCCAAGGGCAGCGUGGCCGCGGGGCUGGCGGGCGCCGGCGGCGGCGUGGGGGCCUACGGCGGCGCGGCGGCGGCGCGGGGCGCGGGCGCGGGCGCGGAGCGGGACCGCGGGGCGGCGUCCGGCUUCCUCACGCUGCACAACGCCUUCCCCAAGGAGGCGGGCGGAGGCGUGACGGUCACGGUCACCGGGCCGCCCUCCGCGCCCGCGCCCGCGCCCCCCGCGCCCGCCGCGCCCACCCCCGGGACCCUGGCCAAGGAGGCCGCCGCCUCCAACACCAACACGCUCAACAGGAAAACCACGCCGGUGUAGGGGCGCGGCCGGGAGCCGAGGGGGGCGUGUGCGGGGCGCGUGCGCGGGCGCGCGUGCAACCAGGCUGCCGGGGUCGGGACGC